AAGGGCUGUUAGACUGUCAGGAGCAGUAGAGAAACUGAGAGAAGAGAGGAAGGGGAGAAAGCUUGAGGAAACGAGGGAUUGAAGUAGUUAGGGGAAGUGGGGAACUCUAGGAAGUGGGGUGGACGAAGGCAAUGAUGAGAGAAGAGAGAUAGAUGGAAAGAGGGAGGAGAGGUUUGGGGAUGGGGAGGUGAUCAUGGAUAGCCAAUGACAACAAGGCAGGAGAACGUUGAGGUAAAAGAAGAAAAGAAGGAAAAGGGAAGAGAAGAUAAAGAGAGAAUGCCUCAGGGCAGUACAUCUCAGCGUGGAUCUAACACAACACUCCCUGUCUACUGAAUGAACCAGAGGAGGAAGAGGGAAAGAGAGAUUUACUGGACAGAAUAAAAGAAAGGGGGAUCCGGUGGUCAGAGAAGAAGAGAGAGGGAUCUACUGAACAGAGGAGAAAGCCACUUGGGAGAGGAAAAGAGGAAGGGAUCCAUUUGGCAAAGGAAAAGAGAGAGAGAGAGAGAGAGACAGAGAGAGAGUGAGAGGGAUCUACUGAACAGAGGAAAAAAAGGGAAGGAUGGUAUUUUCAUCCAGAGGGAACCCUGUAUAGAGGGGACUAGGUGACCUGAAGAAGAGACACUGUGAGCCACCACCUGUGUGUGUGUACUUUGUGGGUGUGUGUGCGCUUGUGUACUGUGUGUGUAUGUGUGUUUGUGUGUGUGAGGACAGGACUGCGCUCAUCCCAGCAAGCCUGGGCACACUCUUAGUCCCAGGCAGCGUGUGUUUUUGUGUGUGUGUGUGUGAGUGUUCCAGCCAGGCACGCUCCAGACAACAACAUGUUCUCCUAUUCAAAAUGUAAUUGUUUAUGUGUAUGAGAGUUCCUGUGACUCACGCUCAGUGUGUGUAGGUGAGUGUGUGGUAUGUGUGUCUGAGUGAGUGUGAUUAUUGUUUGUGGGUGUCUGUGUGUGUGUACUGUGUGUGUUCAUAGUGUGUGAUUGUGUGUGUGUGUGAGUUCCUGUGGCUCAGACCAGGCCAGGACGAGACAAGGCAGCGGCUCUAAACUCUGGCACCGUGCUUUGUAGGAGGAGAGGUGAAGGAGAGAACAGAAAGAGAGAAGGAACAGUGUAGAGGAGGGGGAGAGAAACAGGGAGAGAAGGAGUGACACACUGUGGAGGAAAGGAGGAGGAGGAAAAACUGUGGUGAACUGAGGAAAGGAAGAACGGCAACAACAAACAGAGGGAGGACUUACAGGAGGAGAAAGUGAGAAAGGAAGAAGGAGAGAGAGCGAAGUAGAAAAGGAUAGGUUUUUGAGGGAAGAAUGAAGGCACUUCAGAAGAACCAGGGGCGGACAGACCAGAUGCUGGGUGCUAUGGCUGACAUGCUGACUUCCUUGGCAUUGCCCAAUCAACAGUGGCCCGCAGAGAACAACGACGCAGCAACAGAGCCCCCGGUGAGCCAGGAGGAGAAGAAAGGUGCAGGAGGCCCACGACACUUGGACCCAUCUGGGCUAGAGGACUGGGAGCAGGGUUCCCCCACACAAGACCACCUGGAGAGGAGAGGAGGAAGAAACAGAGCAGACUCAUACUCAGCGGCGGGCAGCGAGGGUAGCAUCUCCACCUCCGUGGCGUCCCUGCCCCCGACCCUGACGGCGUCCAUUAGCUCCGCCCCCAACUCCCCGGGCUCGCGGCGUUCCGUCAGCACCCUGAAGAGGUGGCUGACCAAUCCCGUCCGCAAGCUGAGCGCCGGGGCCGUCAACAUCUCCACCAGCGCCAAGGGGGAGCGGCAGGACAGGAAGUUGGAUGGGGGAAGCAAGCCCCCUCCUCCUAUUCCACCCCCACGCCACAGUCAUGACCUGGGCCUGGGCCUGGGAGGGCUGGGGCUGGCCAGCCCCCUGGGAUCAGAGGACCACCUCACCACUGUACAACCCAUCACACACAAAGAGAUGGAGUGCAGAUAUAAUUUGGCCAGUCCUGAGGAUCUCUCCCCGGCAACCCUAAACUCUCCCAGCUACCUGUCUGACUCACUACAAGGCUGUACUUCACUGGCCUACACACAUGAUAGUCAGCCCACCGAUGUCUAUCCAGAUGACAGUGGCUCAGUGUUGAUGGACGACACCUCCAGCCAAUCAUCAGCCGCAGCUGACAAUGAGGAGAGGAGGAGUGCCUUAGAGAAGAGCAUGUACGUACUGAAGGAACUCAUAGAGACAGAGAAACUGUAUGUGGAAGACCUGAGGUACAUAGUAGAGGGCUACAUGGCCACUAUGAAUACCAAGGGCAUACCUGAGGACAUGAAGGGGAAAGACAAGAUCAUAUUUGGAAACAUUCACCAAAUGUUCGACUGGCAUAAAGACUACUUCCUGGGGGAACUGGAGAAGUGUAUAGCAGAACCAGAGAGACUGGCCCAACUUUUCAUAAAGCAUGAGCGGCGUCUCCAUAUGUAUGUGGUGUACUGUCAGAACAAACCCAAGUCAGAGCACAUCGUCUCUGAGUACAUCGAGACUUACUUUGAGGAGCUGAGGCAACAUCUGGGUCACAGGCUACAGCUGAACGACCUGCUGAUCAAACCAGUCCAGAGGAUCAUGAAGUACCAGCUGCUGCUCAAGGACUUCCUCAAGUAUUACACCAAAGCCGGGAUGGACACAGAAGAGCUCGAGAAAGCGGUAGAGGUGAUGUGCUUUGUGCCCAAACGCUGUAAUGACAUGAUGAACGUGGGACGGCUGCAGGGCUUCGAGGGUAAGAUCACGGCGCAGGGGAAGCUGCUCCAGCAAGACACUUUCACGGUGGUGGAACAGGACAGUAGCUUCCUGUCCAGAGCCAAGGAGAGGCGGGUCUUCCUGUUUGAACAGCUGGUCAUCUUCAGCGAGCCAAUCGACAGGAAGAAAGGAUUCUCACUUCCUGGUUACACCUUCAAGAGCAGCAUCAAGGUGAGCUGUCUGGGGGUGGAGGCUCCGGUGGAGGGCGAGGCGGGCCGAUUGGUGCUGACCUCACGGGGGGCUGACGGGAGUGUGGUGAGAUACGUGCUCCAGGCCGCCUCCCCAGAGGUCUGCAGGGCCUGGGUCAACGAUGUGGGACAGAUCCUGGAGACCCAGAGGAACUUCCUCAAUGCCCUCCAGUCUCCCAUCGAGUACCAGCGCAGAGAGGGUACCAACAAGUCUAACAGCCUGGGCCGGAGCAUGAGAGCCCCCCUGUCUUCGGCCAGCAGUCCCCUGCGCCCCCACUCCUCAGCCUCCAUCGACCGCCAGCGCCUGCCCUGGCUGCGGUCCUACAACACCUCCCUCCCCACCCUCUACCUGCCCAGCCAGGGGGGUCAGGGAACAGGUCUCCAGGGCCCCGCUGAGACACACACACCCCGGGAGUCUCCUCUGGUCAGUAUGAACUCCCAGACAACAGUCUCGCCUUCUCACGUCCAGCUGGCUUUCACUGACCAGUCUUGUCUGUCUCACUACUCUCAGACCCAGACCUCCCUGCAGUGCCAAGCGGGGUCCAACGGGCUGCAUAGCACACAGCAGAGCGCAGGAGAGGGCUGCAGUACCAGGGGCCUGCCUGGUGAGGCUGUACCUCCUCCUGUAUCUGUCUCUGGUCCAUUGGCCGGCAAGCGCUCCAGCAACCUGGCCCAGCUCAAUGAAGAUGACCUAUGAACCCUGACCCCUAGGAGGAAGGAGGUUCACGGACCGCCACAGCUACAGAGAGAAGAAGGAGGACCUCAUCUAGGCUUACCAUAUUUUGAAGGUGGAUGGGGUGCUUCUGUAAGGAGUAAGGACUGGAUGCAGACUGCUCUUCUGGACUGUUGCUAGUGCUUUUUCAGACUGUUACCGGGCGGUUCACCGACACUCUGAGAAAUAUAAACCAUGAUUCUAACGGAAUAUACAGUAUGCGCCUUUCAUCUGAUUUUUUUGUUGUUGAGCGAUGUGAUUUGAGGUUGAAGACGUGCCUCUGCGUGGCACCACUAAUGGGUAGCACCCAGCUAGAUGUUGCAAUGGCUGAGGUUAUGAAGAACACCAAACGGACAUCAGGUAUUAUGGUGACUUUGCUUGUUUUAUUAUGACGACUUUGCUUGUUUUAUUUUUCAUUUUGGAGAAUUUCUAGACAGUAUAUAUUGUACUGUCUAUCAGAGGGCUGUGGGAUUUGUUCAAAGGAAGAAAAAACAUGUCCAUUCCUGAUUGGGGAGGUCACUGGAGACGUGUCUGUGUGUGAGUGUGCACGCUGCAUGCAUGUGUGUGUGCAUAUGUGCGCAACAUGCGUCUGUGUGUGCAUAUGUGAGUGAAAUGCGUCCGUGUGUGUGUGUGUGUGUGUGUGUGUGUGUGUGUGUGUGUGUGUGUGUGUGUGUGUGUGUGUGUGUGUGUGUGUGUGUGUGUGUGUAAAUAUGUGAGUAAAUUGUGUGUGUGUUUGUGUGUGUGUGUGUGUGUGUACAGGAUUGGCGGCUUCUCUUCUUGUAAACAAACAUGGAUCUGAGGAGCUCUACUUUUCUUUCGACUUUCGUUCUACUUUUCUCUCACACUGCUGGAUUCUUCCGACAACUACUUCUAUUCUCAGGCUGUUUAAAACAUGAAGUCAUUCCUCCACUGAGCGUAUACAGUGCGUUACUUUCUGUAGACACUGAGGAGAGAGGACGGGAUAACAGCAAAUGCAUUUGAUCUGUAAAUAUGUAGAACAUUGGAUUCAUCUCUCACGGAACAGAAUUGUUCUGCUCUUACCGCAGUGUUUCCAAUGGAUGAGAACGAGAGAGCUCUCCCAUGUUCUCUUAUUCUGUUUGACCCCAAGUUGGCUCAUGUUUGAUCUGGAGAUUCCAGACUAAAAAGGGGUGAGGGAGCCCCCUGGAGGCACUCUGCGGGCGUGACGUCCCUCUAAUGUCACUUCAGACCUAAUGGUCUUUCCUUGAUUCCUUGUGUUCUCUGCUCCCAUCCUUUCUCUGUCUCUUUCUCUAAAAGUCAGAGGGAAUUGAGGACAUGAUUAUGUUGGGAGAGAAGAGACGGGGAGAGGACGGGUGUAGAGGACACAAGGAAUCGAGGAAAGACUAUUGAGAUGUGGCCAGAGUGGUGGCCAUGCCAUAGCCAGUCUGACGGGAACGCUAGGGGACGGAGACCGACUGAAAUUUCAAACAUAUGUUUUCUUGACGACAGGAGACAUGAAGGGGUGGUUUUGAAAUGUGGUAAGGUGUCACACAGUCUGUCAAUGAAGUCCAAUGAUGACAUGCCACAGCCUUCUGCUGUGUUCAAUGAUCUCUGCUGGCUUUUGCUACUCCAGCACAUUGGUACACGCAAUACACCUGGCUCAGGCUUACAUCUCUGGUUCUUAGAUAAAGGACAGCGGUUUAGAGACAGUUAACUACUUGGGUUGUUGUAUCAGUUGACACUGUGGAUAUCAAGUGCUGCAUCUGCAUGCUCUGUGCUCAUCAAAGUGAGACUUUUGCCAAAGGCAGGUGCUUUUAGAACCUCAUGUACUUCAGUUCAUUCUGCUACUCUAAUAUAUUGCCAACUGUUGUUUUUUUACACAUCAAAUCAAAUACAUGUAGUUGUGAUUUGUUUACUUCAAUGCCCGACCUUUCGUCUUCUGAAUAGAAACAAAUGACUGUAAAACGAGAAGAGAUAGAAGAGAUGAUUUCAGCUCUUGGUGAAUCCUUCUCUGUUACCAGUAGAGGUCAGUGUAAGGCUUUCAAAUACAGAUAGCAGUCAUUGGAGAUCAGACAGCUGCAUCGAAGAUCAAUGUCUUCAAGUUACAAUGCCCCCUCUAGCUAAAUCUGUUUAGAAUAUCUAAAUUACAAUGACUGUUUAAAUUCAGAACAUAAAAGUUUGGUCAAAAACUCCAUCUCAACUCCCCAGUGCUCAUGGACUAAGGGGAGCUGUUUGUAAAGUUGAAGUCACAGUGGCGAUUAUUGCUCUGGCAUUUUGUGCAUGUUACUUAAAUAUGAAGGAAUACCACUACAGAAAUUAAGAUACACUAAAGAAAAGAGCAGGACAAGGGCUAUAAUGAUGCCAUGUUUGACUGAAUAGAAUCGGUUGUAUUAUAUCAAAUAAAAAGUCUUUUGAAUUAGGAA